AUGAGCUCGGGCGCGGCGCCGUGCCGACAGCCGCAGCAGCAACAGCAGCAGCAGCAGCAGCGGAUGCAUCUGCCGGCGGCCGUGGACGCCGCGGGCGACGGCGCCGGCUCGGCCGUCAGCCGGUGCGUGAUGGCCGGCGAGGAGGCGCUCGCCAGCCUGCACGAGGCGCUGCAGGAGUACCACGGCGAGCUCGUGCAGACGGGCAGCCCCGCCGUGCUCUGCUCGGCGCUGCCCUCGCACUGGCGCUCCAACAAGUCGCUGCCCGUCGCCUUCAAGGUGGUCGCGCUCGACGACAUCGUCGACGGCACCCUGGUGACGGUGCGCGCCGGCAACGACGAGAACUUCUGCGGCGAGCUGCGCAACUGCACCGCCGUCAUGAAGAACCAGGUGGCCAAGUUCAACGACCUGCGCUUCGUCGGCCGCAGCGGCAGGGGGAAGAGCUUCUCGCUGACCAUCGUGAUCAGCUCGACGCCUUUCCAGAUAGCCACCUACAACAAGGCCAUCAAAGUGACGGUGGAUGGCCCCCGAGAACCGCGCACCAAGUCCAACUUCCACUACCUGCCGGGCCAGCACGCGUUCGGACCUUUCGGCAUGUUCCCGGGCGCGCAGUGGCUCGAUUCAGCCGCCUACCUCGGGUACCCCUGGCAGGAGUACUUCCGCCGGCCAGAACUGUGCAAGCUGCCUGCAGCCGCCGCCGCCUGCUCCAUGCUCAAAGGCCUACUGGAUGUACAACAAUGCGCUGAAAAGCUUGGUCCUGUUGGACAACGGCGUGGCAUCCGCACAACUGCGCACCACCGGGUGCACCUGACGUCGGACGGCUCGGAAGAAGAGCUCCUUGCCGUGCAGCGGCGCGGGGGCGGACGUCGCACGGUGUCCCGUCCCUUUGUUUGCGCAGGAGCAUUAAUAAUGCCACCGACCAGCCGGCCGCGCCCCGCACGAGGAGCUGCCAGUUCUCCGCUGGGCGCGGGCUCGCCGGCCGAGUUCUACCUGCCGCACGCGGCGCCCGCGUUCCCCGUGGUGCCGCCGCCCCCGCACGCCGGCCCCGGCGCGCCGCCCGCCUUCCUGCCGCCCCCGGUGUCGCUGCUGGGCUACCCGCCGCCGCUGCCGCCCCCGGCGGACCUGCUCGCCGUCACGGCGGGCGCAGCCUCCUGCUCGCCACCCCUGCUGCCAGUGGGCGCCGGCGUCGCGGCGACCGCCGUCCCCGCGGCGUCGACGGCCGACGACCUCAAGCUGACGACGUCGUCGUCGGCGAGCAGGGCUUCGGCGUCCCCAAGCGGUCGCAGCGACGACAGCGACUCCGACGACAGAGCGAGCGCCGGCACCGCCGCCGACGAGAAGCCGGUGCGGUCGGCGUUCCAGCAGGUGCGACCCGCCGCCGCCUCCGCCACCGCCUCCGCCGCCCCCGCCAAGGAUAAGGAGGGCGCCGCCACGACGGUGCUGGCCGCAGCCUGUUCCACGGGGGCCGUCCGGCCUUCGCAGACUUCCAAGCCCGUUUGGAGGCCGUAUUAG